AUGAGGCUUUUAGCCUCAUAUUUGGUCUUGCUGACCCUACCAACCUUAUGGGCUGAGCCGCGCCGUGCAUCGAGCCAGAAUGCUCGAAAACCUUCACAGUCCCCGGAACUUGCCGGAAAAAUUGAAGAUUCCAAACACAAACAUGCUAUGGACACUUUGGAACCAGACCCAGCUUUGUCCAUUUUCGAAGUUAAGCCUAGAAAUCCGAUUGCGCGUACAACGGCAAUGCCUCAGAUAAAGCCGACUGGUGUUCCUAAAGCUGUGGUUCGGGGCCGCCGCUCAACCGUCAUAAAGAACAGCGAAUCUGCCGAGGUUGUAAACCGCGAAUCCACAGUAAUUAGAAGCCGUCGGGCAACGCAUUUCAUCGACGAACGUGGCGUCAUUCACCCCGAAUUUCAUUCUGUGCCAUCUGAGUACGAUUUAAUCAACGAAGAUUUUGUACAAGCUGAAAUCGAAGCCCAACAGCGCGAAGAAGAAAAGAAGCUGCAAAACAAUGUUCUCAGAGAGCAGAACACUCCACCUCCGCCACCAGUGUACACAACCCGAGUUGUAAACGACGCUAACGUCGAGAAUCCUUCAGCUGUGGAGGAAUCUCUGAAGGUGAAGCACGUCAAAGUACCAAGCUCGUUGUUCAUUACCGACGACCAAGACGAGUUUGAAGCUGAUGAAAGUGGAAGCGCUGUUGAUACUACAACUUCUGUUACUAAUGCACCAAUUACAACUUUCCCAACAUCUACUACAACUGCUCCAAUUAGUGUAACGACUACAACAGUAUCUACGUGGGCACCUACGACUGUAAUAUCCUCGACAACUACAACGAUCUCUACAACAACACAGGUUAGUACAACUACCACUUUCACGACAACAACUACUGUAUCUACUACUACAGUACCCACUACUGUAUUUAUUACUACGGUGCCCACUACGGUUGUUAGUUCAUCUAAACCCGAUUUAGGAAAUUUCUUUGACGAAGUGUCAGAAUUGCCUUCUGAAACGACUGAUCUCAACACGACAAACCUUAAACCUGUCAAUUUGGAAAAAACGGUAAAAGUAAGCCGUGCUGACAUUCAAUUCAGUAACGACGACUCGGUUGAAAUCAUUGGUGAACUCAAUGAUCCACCAGCUAGAAUUCAACGAGCGCAAGUUAUUCAGUCCAGCCGCAGUACCAAUCCGGAAAAGCAACGGUUUGUGAAUGCUAAAAGAUUGAUUCUUAGCAAUUUUGUAACCAGAAGAUAUACGGUGCGUUUCUAAUUUGUUAAAACUCAUUUUGUAACACAAUUUUAGGCUUAUCACACAAAUCUUAGUUUAUCACACGCUUUUAUGUGACCUGAAUACAUUUUUAAGCUUAGAUACAUAAUUUUAGGCUUAUCACACACCUUUAGGCUUAGAUAAACAAUUUUUCACAUUUAUCAAUGCUUAAAAUACGCAUAUAAUUAAUAAUUUGCAGGCCAAAGAACUUGGAUUUGGCUACACUCGUCGCGCCAAACGGCAGUCUAAUCACGUUGGCCGGAUUCAACGUGACUCGCUUCUAGGUUCUGAUCCGUUUUCAGUUGAUAAGCAUGUUCAGCAAAAGCUUGAACAAUCAAAGAGCCCAGAAGGUUAUGAACUGAGACGUCUGCCUGGACUUGAACCUCCAAGGGUUGCUUACUAUCAGCCUCCACCGCAUCUUACUACUAGUAUACCUGGUGCUUUACAAGGCUUUUUGUGGACUGCACCACCAGUUUUGGUACCUAUUAGUACAACAACUACUACUAUGGAGACAAGUAAGUGUAAUUUCAAAUUUACUAUUUUUUCGCUAGCCUUACCAUAACCUAUGUUAAUAUUAGCUACUUUUUAUUGAUGCCACAGCACUGUUUUAAAAAAUAAAUUUAAUGAUUACUGAUAUAAUUUUAGCUACAGAAGACGACUUGUCAUUGAGUGUUGAAGAAGCUAGCCACGAUGGAACGCGAACGUUUACUGGCCAUGACGAUGGUCAUAAAGUUCAUCAUGCUACUGAAAACCUACGAGUUCAAGUUCAUCAAGGGCAGCAAAGAUCUACUACGCACGGUCUACCAACCACAACGUUAAAACCAACAACAACAACGAUCAAAGCGACAACAACACAGAAAACUUCCGUUGAGACUUCAACAAAGCUAUUGACUACUACUACUAAAUCAAAGGCUACUACGACUGAAUCCACGCCUACAGAACUAAUUACCAGAGAAUCAACGAAAAAACAACCAGAAUACCGACCACUUGAGUUUAUUGACAUGAGAAAGCCAGAGGAACUACUGCCAGAAGCUGGAUUCAAAGGAAACGUCAAACUGAACACUGGUCAUGCGUGGUAUAACAGCAAAAACCUCCGUGAUAUCACGCUUACCGAAAGCGACACAGCUCUAUCGGAGAAGCACGUUCUUGUUCAGGUAAGCAUUGUAGGUCUACAACAUCCAACUAAAAAAUAUUUUUUUUGAGAAAAUAGAAGAUUAGGAAAGAGUGGUAACGUAUGGUAGGGUAGGAUAAAUUAAUUUAUAAUUUUCAGAAAAACCCUGAUGAGUUUUUCAAACAAGUUGAUCUACCAGACCUGGUGGACGAUAUUCCAGAUGGAGAACCAGACGUGACCGACCGUGGAGCAUCAGUAAACCGUGAAGAACUCAAAGUCCUUCCUCAACUCGAACGUGUAACACCACGUAGCAUUCUAGACUCGGAUUCCGGAACUUUGGAAAUGUCAGGUCAAGCAGCUUUUAGUCAAGAUGAAAAGCAAGGACAAACUGUUGAUAACACAAAAGUUCAACGAGGCGGUCAACAAAUAGCUACUUCUAAUGGAAGAGGUAAUACGGCUAAUUUGGGACACAAUAUUCAACCACAAGGUACUAUUGGCCAAAUCCUACAACCUGUUGUUAGAAAUUUACAACCUUUCCAGCCCGCUCCUCAGCCACAAUUCAGGCCUGUCCAGCCAAAUUUGAACGUUUUUGUUGUUAACGGACGUAGAGUCGUAGUACCAUCCAUAUCAUAUGAACAACACUACUUCGGGCAGAAUUUUAUUCCCCAGCAGGUUUUCCAACCAAGUAGACCAUUUGUUGCUCCUCAACCAACUUUUGUACCAGCCGCACCUCAGCCAAACUUUUUACAAAAUCCAGUAAACUCGGUAGUGCCACAAGGUCAACCUUCAAUAUCUUCCCUACCGACUCCAGGAGUACAACAGCCUGCACCAGGUGUACCAGUACAACCAGCACCAAGUGUACCAGUACAAUCACCUCAAAAUGCGUUCGUCUUAAACCCUCAACCGCUGGUUCAAAACGUUCCACGGUCGGGAAGCGUCGUCCAGACGGAUAAACGCUGGCCAUUUGAAACCUCAAGACUCUCGAACAUACCUCGCCAACAAUCUGCCACGAAUGGACCAACUACAGCAUCAACAACACAAGCUACAACAACUACAACACAGACUACGACACCAACAACCACAACGACCCACUUUGUACAAGAACAACUACCUGAUAUCAUAAGGUAGGGAUUUGUAAAAUUAGCCAAAAUUUUCUUAUUUUAAUUUAAAAAAGAUAUUAUGGAGUAAUCAUAAAAUAUGAGAUAGUCGGGAAUUGGUAAUAAACAAAGCUAACAUUUAUCAUCUUUUCAGCACGCCAGCACCAAAAGCUAACUCGCACGUCCAUACAAAAGAUUACGAAGUAUACGAUGAAGUGCAAGACGCGCGGAGUCGUUUGUAA